AAGAUACGCGCUCGUACGUGAAUCUGGCCCAAUGUUUUUGCUGAAUCAGUAGGCCCAUAUUGGAAAUGUCAAACUUGUUCUGGACUGAAGAGGGUAUACAGAGGUGAACUGUUUUAACAGUUCUGCAUUAACAAGGUCACAGGCAUAUAAAAGUGUUCCCUUAUUAUGGGAUAUGAUUAAUAUUUUUGGCUCUCUGGUCUCUCCUUGGGUGUUCCCUCAGCAGGACGGCAGGUGUGGUUCUGUGGUGGAAGAUUUGCAGAGAGCGUUGUCCUGCGCUGUACACGUCUCUGUACUGUUAAGGAUUGCUGUCGCUGUAAUGAGGCUAAUUGGGUCAGUCCAGGUUGUGUCAUGGAGGGAGGUGACCAUAUGCCAUGCUCAGAAUUCCAAUGGGAGAACCUAGAUGUCGUCUUGUCCCUCAAGGAGCCAAGUACAGAGUGCCAAGGUGGCCCGUCCUGUCGUUGUGAGAAAGCAGGCAACAGCGUGCCGUGUCCCCGCAUCCUCCCUCUCUGGAAACCCAUUUCCACCAGCACAGACCGACUAGUGGAGCAGGAAAGACGCACGCGCAAUGAUAACUCUUCAAGAAUAGGAAGCCGAGAAUACGCCAAAACCAGCCAGAAGAGCCCAAAACCCACAGUACCACCAAAGCCUACAGAUCUGCCACCUUCUCCUUCACCAUACAAAAACCCAAAUCCUAACUGGAGGACCUUUCCCCGGGGCCGGCCUAGGAUGGACGAUGGUACACCACCACUGGCUGAGAGGUCGCCCAAAAUCAACGAUCUUAUCAGCCGCUUUGAAAGCAACAGCCCCAGUGAUGCCAAGAAAGAAAGCCCGGAUGUGAACAAUGGGUCUCAUCACAUAAGUAACCACAAAGUCAUUCUCCAGCAGAGGCCAUUCACGGAGCAUCCGCUUGUCCAAAAACAAGGCUUGAGUCUGGAUUUAACUCAGGACCAGCCCAAACCAAAGUGCAAUGGGAUUGUAACUCCAGAAGUGGUGGAAAUUAGUGAUGGAUUUCCUACUCCUAGAAUACAGAAUGAAAGUUGUGACACUGAUGCACCUUCUUUUAGAAAACAAGAACCUCCUGCUCCCAGAUCUCCCUCUCAUGGUACUAGAGGACCUCCUUCCCCAAAAACUCCUUUACACAGACCGCUAGCUCCCAAGUCUGGGCCUGAAGACUCUCCUCCACUUAGUACUCAGGAUCCUUCUAAUGGAUCAUCAAGUCCCCCUGCUCUUGAAGAACGUGAUUCACCCCCUUCAUAUGACGCUGCCUUACAAAACAGGUUAAAUGGAGAAGGACACAACCUAACUGAGGACAGACCCGUAUCACCCAUCUAUAGAGGGCAUACCAACAAGGGGUACCAGGAAAAUGAAACCCCUAGUAGAUUACCAUCAGAUGACAAGGAGAAUGAAGACAGCAAUAGCACCAUUUCCUCUCCAAGAGACUCUGGAGAAAUUAAGGAGACCAACGAGCAGAAGCUGCUCAACAUCGCCAAUGAGCUGCUGCAGACAGAGAGGGCCUACGUCAGCCGCUUGGAGCUCCUGCAGACGUUUAAUACAGCGCUGGAUAACGAAGCCAAGAAAGGUUCUUUCCCAGUUGAUGUUCCAUACAAGAUAUUCUCUAAUAUUGUGUCUAUUCACAGCUUCCACUCCUCUUUCCUCCUCCCCGAGCUGGAAAGCAGAAUGAAAGAAUGGUGCAACAAUCCGCGGAUUGGAGAUAUAUUACAGAAGUUAGCGCCAUUUCUGAAGAUGUAUGCUGAGUAUGUAAAAAAUUUUGAUAACGCCAUGGAAACGGUGAAAACGUGGAUGGAGCGGUCUACGCAAUUUAAACAUGUAGUGGAGGAAAUCCAGAGGGAAGGAAAAUGUGGAAGUUUAACCCUUCAGCACCAUAUGUUAGGGCCUGUUCAGAGGAUCCCGCGAUAUGAGAUGCUUCUUAAAGAUUACCUCCGCAAACUGCCGCAAGACUCGUUCGACAGGACGGAUUCCGAAAAGUCGCUAGAAAUUAUUUCUACUGCGGCAAGUCACUCCAACACAGCGAUCAGGAAAAUGGAAAAUUUGAAGAAGCUGCUGAUGGUGUAUGAAAUGCUGGGAGAAGAAGAAGACAUUGUGCACCCUUCCAACGAGUUUAUAAAAGAAGGACAGAUCAUGAAACUUGCGGCUCGCAACACAUCAACCCAGUACAGGCAUCUUUUCCUGUUCAACAACAUGUUGCUGUACUGUGUGCCAAAGUUCCUGGGUGGGGGGAAGUACAGUGUCCGAACAAAAAUCGGUCUGGAGGGGAUGAAGGUGGUGGAGACGCAAAACGAAGAUUAUCGACACACGUUCCAGAUCUCCGGUAAAGAGAGAACACUGGAGCUGCAGGCUGGUUCAGAGCAAAUCAAAGAAGAAUGGAUUAAGGCUUUGAACGACGCCGCUGCAAACUUCCAGCAGAGGAAUGAGACUUUCCUGAUUGCUAAAAAACUGGAGGAGGCUCCUCUGGAGGUUCCGAGUGCUGAGCUGGGACUCCGAGCGCCACGGUGGAUCCGGGACAAUGAGGUGACAAUGUGCAUGAAAUGCAAGGAGCCAUUUAAUGCCCUGACACGGAGGAGGCACCACUGCCGGGCCUGUGGCUAUGUGGUUUGCUGGAAGUGCUCCGAUUACAAGGCUGCUCUGGAGUAUGACAAUAACAAGAUCAACAAAGUAUGCAAAGAUUGCUACCACAUAUUACGAGGCAGUAGUGACAGUGAGGAAAAAGAGAAGAAAAGGGGUAUACUGGAGAUCGAGUCUGCAGAAGUAUCGGGUAACAGCGCCAUCUGCAGUUUUCUCCAGUAUAAUGAAAAAUCCAAACCAUGGCAGAAAGUUUGGUGUGUGAUCCCAAAGCAGGAGGCACUUGUGUUGUACAUGUUUGGCGCACCACAGGAUGUAAAGGCCCAGACCACCAUCCCACUGCUGGGCUACCUUGUUGACGAAUCCCCUCGUGGAGUAGAUUUGCAGUUCAGCUUCAGACUUUCCCAGUCUAAGUCAGUUCACUGCUUCUCCGCCGACACGGAGGAACUGAAACAGAGGUGGCUUAAGGUCAUCAACCUGGCCGUGAAGGGGUUAACCGAGGAAGAUAUAGAAGACACACAUAGCACAGAACAUAGACAGUCAGAAGCUUCUUAAUGGUUUCCAGAAUCUUAAUUUCAUCCCCUGAUCAAUUAGGACUAAAAAUAUUGUACAUAUUAAAGACUCCUCACGCUUAAUGGGAAAUCUGUGGACUUUGGACAUUUGGCUGUUUGGGGCCAGGUCACAAGAAAAAUAUUUAAGAAAAAAAAAUCCUUCUUCGUGCCAACAAAAUCCAGUCCCAAGACAUUGUAGAGAAGUGGGUUUGCGUAUCUUGCUGGCAAGAGACCCUAGUAAGAAAAAAAAAUGGGAUUUGUAUGAGGCCUUGAUAGCACUACAUAUUGUUAUGCUCCAAAUGUUGGAAACUCAAGUCAUGUCAUCAAUCGUAAAGCAGUUCCAUUGGUCACACAAGUGGAGUGGUUCAUACUGCUGGUUUGGAGACGGUCAACUGAAAGCUUCAGUUUGAAAUUUCACUUAGGUGCCCCCAGGCCUCAAUCAUUGCGUUAAUAAUUGCACAAUCAACCACAAAUUGUAAAAAAAAAAUCAUCAUCAAACUUUUUUUUGCAUAUUGGACGUUCAACUUUCCAAACUUAAAGGCACAAAGAUUUAAGAGUAUGAAAGCACAUGGAGGGUUGAAGGAAGGUCUGCGGCCUGUUGCUAAACCUCAGGCGUUUUUGUCAGGAAAUUAAGAUUUUCGAAAUAUUUAUUAACUGUGAAUUGUACAAAUGUAUUAGUGUAUUAAAUUGUGAAAUAUUGCCCAAUUUUAUAGAGAAUUUGCAGCGACCAUGUUUUGAACUGCAUACGGUGCAGCAAAUGUUUGAGCGACUGGUGGUAUAAAAAACUAUCCUAUUUA